AUGCAGGAUGGAGCCAAGCCUAAAUUUUGCAAAGCCCGUUCCGUGCCUUUUGCCCUAUGCAGAGGAGUCGAAGCUGAACUAGAUCGACUCAUUUCGGAAAACAUUUUGAGCCCAGUAUCAUACAGCAGUUGGUCGACACCCAUCGUACCAGUUGUCAAGAAAAAUGGAUCCAUUAGGAUUUGUGGUGAUUACAAAAUUACUCUUAAUCCUGUUUUAUUAAUUGAUAAGUAUCCUUUGCCUCGUAUUGAUGAAUUAUUUGCUAAAUUACAAGGGGGAAUUGAGUUUUCAAAAAUUAAUCUUUCUCAGGCAUAUCAGCAAAUUGAAUUAGAUGACGAAUCAAAAAAAUUAACAACAAUUAAUACCCAUAAAGGAUUAUUUAUGUAUAACCGGUUGCCUUUUGGUGUUGCCAGUGCACCGGCAAUGUUUCAGAGAAUAAUGGAGCAAUUAUUGGCAGGUUUAGAUGGGGUUGUUUGUUUUUUGGAUGAUAUUUUAAUUACUGGAAAAAACAGGGUUUCUCAUUUAGAAAAAAUUGAAUUAGUUCUUGAUAGGUUACAAAAAAGUGGUCUUACAGUAGCAUUAGACAAAUGCGAACUUUUUACAAAGUCAGUACAUUAUCUGGGUUACACUAUUGAUAAAUAUGGACUUAAAACAAGCUUCAUUAAUUUUUACAAUAAAUUUAUACCUAAUGCUGCCUCAGUACUUCAACCUUUGUACAAUUUGCUUAAGAAAAACAUGCAAUUUAAUUGGUCCGAAGAAUGUACUAGGGCAUAUAAUAAAGUUAAAAAUAUAAUUAGUGCAACACCUGUUUUGGAGCAUUAUAAUCCAGAAUUACCAGUGAAAUUGAUAGUUGAUAACUCUUUUUAUGGUGUUGGUGCCAUGAUUUCACAUGUAAUUAAUAAUGAGGAAAAACCUAUUAGUUUUGCACCCUUAACUUUGUCAAGUUGUCAGCAAAAAUAUUCUCAAGUUGAAAAAGAGGCGUCUCUUCAAAAAUCAGUAUCUUUAUGUGUAACCGAUGGAUGUUUGAUGCUGGGCCACAAAGUGGUUAUUCCUAGUACCUUACAAAAAUAUAUCUUAAAACAAUUACAUUCUGCUCAUUUUGGUAUGGUCAAAACAACAAGCUUGGCUCGUUCCUACGUUUGGUGGCCGAAAAUUUAG